GUUUCCGUCUCUACGAAUCUCUCUAUAACAAUCCAUGAUGCAAAAGUGCAGCGAAUUGGGAAAGAAUUCCAUGGCCUGGCAGCACUUCGUUCGCUUUGGUCAGAGCAACCUGAAGGUGAAGAAGGGCCCAGAGGGUCACUAUCUGGAGAGCAGAUGUCGCGAGGAGCUGGAGAAGCGGCUACCUGCGGAGUCCUUCAAGGAACUAAUGGUCUUUGUGGCGAAUUGGCUGAAGCGCCUGGACGAGAAGAAUGGAAUAGUAAGGCCUGCGGAAGAGGAAUCGCCGCAGGAACCGAAGGAUAAGCACUCCGAUAAGGAUGUGCAUGUAGAGAAAGGAGCACCAGAUAAAACACCCGCUGAUCCUUCAGUUGUGGACCUCUGCAGCGACGAGGAAGACGCCUCCGCUGAGCGCUUUUCGGACAAGGAAACCCUGGACUGCGAAUCGGUCAUCUCCAGUUCGUCCCUUGUGAUCCUCGACGAGGAGUUGGGCGAGGUUAACCUGAAGGACUAUGCCGACCAUGUCGAUGGCAAACUGGAUGAGACCUCCCUGAGGAAGCGGAAGAGCAGGGAGGAGGAUAACACUCCUAGUAAGGCCACGAAACAGACCUCGAUGAAGGCAUUCUUGAUUCCCAACGAGCGGGAGACUGAGACCGAUGAGAGUCCCUCUCCCGUCCUCCGGCGAUCCUUGAAAACGUAUGUCAGAAGAUCAAAGAUAGCAGCAAGUGGAGAGAAUCCCGGAAAAGAUGUGCAGACUAGCAGCGAGAAGCGUAGCUCUCUGAUCCUUCGGGAACUUAACCCUGAGGGUAAAACCAAUUUGAAUAGCUCCUCUAAGGAAGAAUCGACGGCUGAAGUGAUAGUUAUCGAAGAUCUGAGCCAAGAAGAUAAGCUGGAACCCCCGAUAGGCGAAAAAUCAAAACCAAAGAAUGUGGCCCUUCAUGAUACGAAACCAAAACCCUCGAUAGAAGAGAAGCUAAACGGAAAAGCCAUGAAAAAUAUAGAAACUCCACCCUGUGUUCCCUUAAAAUGCAACGAAAUUAAGGCAAAAUCAGCAACUGAUGUAAAUUCAAAUGCAUCUAUGAAAUGCGAGACAAAAGUGCCUUUGGGAGAAGCCAAAGAAAACAGUGAACCAAAUGCCAAAAAUGAGGGACAAAAACCGAAUGUUAUUAAACCCGCUGGAGUAAAAACCAUGCCGCUACUGACGGGUUUGCUGCUGGCCGAUCCUCCGCCACAAGAAGAAGCUAACCAAGAUUCCAAUCCAGUAAAUCCGGAAGUACAACCGAAUACGGUGAUUAAUCAAAGAGCAGAACCCAAUGCGAUUAGGAUACGUAAUGACCUAGUUUCCACGCCAAUGGAGGCGAUUCGGGUUCGCACUGAUCUGCUGCAGGAGCAAGUCAAUCCAGUUGCUCCUCCUAAUCCACCAGCUCAACCUUCUAAUCCUCCAGGAGUAGCUGAAAAGCGAAAGUUGCCGACUGUAAAUGAUUGCGAAUCCACUCUGCCCAAAAGGCCAGCUGUGGAUAACUUUAAUCCUGCAAUUACCACCUCCAGAUAUACACCCAGUAUCCCCGUUUCUGCUGCCCCUGUUAAUACCCCCAGAUAUCGGCUAAUUGCUCCUGCGCCCGCUUCAUCAGUUGCCAAUGUCAGAUAUCCACAAUCUACUGCUGCUCCAGCUGCCGCCUCCAGUUAUCCACCAGUGAUUCCCACUGCACCGCUUACCAUGAGCAACUAUCAACCGAAUAGGGCUCCCAUUGCUCCCUUCAACAGGGGAUAUCCACCAACCAACGCUGCGAUUGCUCCACGUAUGAACAACUCCAGUUACCCAGUUAGAUAUCCACCGGAGGUUCCGGCGACUGCAGGAGGUGCCACCAACAAAAGUUAUCCCUUAUUUAGGCCUGUGCUCCCUGGAGCAACUAACACUGUGUGGUACCCUCCACCGGGAUAUCCGCCAGCUGUUCUUGCUCCAGUGACCACCAGCUAUCAACCAGUUUGCCCACCUGUUUCCUGCUCAUCCUCCACUUUUCGAGGACCUAGUACUGUGCCUUCUUCAGCUCCAGGAUCCACCCCUUUAGCGAGAUAUCGUCCACCUAAACCGGCACCUGUUGUCGCUACAAGCUAUCAACCAGUUAUGUCCGCGGUUGUGGGAUCAGCGAAUGCACCUAGAUAUCCUCCCCCUCCUGCAGUUGUGGGAUCAGCGAACACACCUAGAUAUCCUCCUUCUGCACGAAUUGUCGCUACAAGCUAUCAACCAGUUAUGUCCGCGGUUGUGGGAUCAGCGAAUGCGACUAGAUAUCCUCCUCCUCCGCCAGUUGUCACCUCCAUUAAACCUGCGGCACCUGCACCAGUAGCAUCCUCCAGCUAUCAACCAAAUACUCCUGCGGCUCCACAACAAAAUCAAAAUAAAGGGAGCACCGAUUUCUCGAAAGUUAUGGGCAUGUUGGGCCAGGUGGAGCUAUAUGCCUUUGGACAGAAGAAUCAAGAGGCCUUCCACCUCGUCCAUCAGCUACGCUUGAGCAUCCAGAAGGCAGAGGCUGAGGCUCCACAGCGUAAUGUGUAGCUUUUACCAUUAUUAACUAUUUCGAGAGUCUAGUUUUAGGAUAUUAACUAGUUGCAUCGCUAGUUUAUAGA